UUUAGAUGGUGCAAGCACAGCCCUUGAACGUUUCAGUACCGCCGAAGCAGUGAAGUACCUGCAGUCACUGUCGGACGUUGGCUAAGUAUCAAAACGGGGACGGAUUGUGCCGCGCACUCGGCUCGAUACGUUCCUUCCUCUGGAACCCGCCCAAAUCUUCAGAAUCUAAUUUAGAGAUAAUUGUGUGUGGAAAUUCAGAACCGCCGGGAAGAGUACGGAAGUUCGGUUGCAGAACUCUGAUAUGAAAUGGAUCCAAUUGAAGCAACAAAAGAGCUUUCGUUUCGUGUCGGUUUUUCCGGCCACAGCGGCCAUCUCAGAGUCGAGCCUCUUUCAACUGUGGAGCGCUCCAGCCCUGUUAGAUCGCUCCCGGAUUUCAUACUUCCUCCCGCAUUUCCUAAGGAAACUCCCGAAACAAUAAAGGGCUACAUAGAAGAGACUUAUCUCCAGCCGAGGUUAGACCCUGAUGAAUUUUCCCCUGAAAAAGUGGGAAGACAGUGGGAUUUUGAUUGGUUUGAAAUGGCAAAAGUAUAUUUGGAUCCAUCACAACCAAGAUCAGUUGUGGUUCCCACUUGGGUGUUGCCAUUUGAACGACCAAAGAAGGACGGAACAACUGGAGGGACAUGGGAACCUUGUUCUGUGCAGGAAUAUCCUAACUCGUGGAACGUUUAUGAGGACCAAAGUUUAUUCAAGACCUCGCCAGUUGAAAAUCUGGUUUGUUUUAAUACCUUGGUUUCAUUAUAA